AUGAACGAUCCCAUUUUCGCCGCGAGCUUCAGCCGCUACGAUCGCCGUCGCUUUGGAUGCUUCGCUCUCACUAUCUCUCUCAUCGUCGCGCUUACCGUUUUCUCCACUUUCAAGCCUACUUUGCAUCCAUUAACACGCACUGGCGAUACUUUCAGUUUGCAUCUAUCGAUCAGUGCUGUGGAAAACAUUCUCAUGGAUGAUUCGAUUAUCAAUAAUACUAUCACUGCUGAAACAGAAAUUGAUCACAGCAUGCUUGUGAUCAACAAUGCCGAGCCGUUGAAUGUUGCGAUGAAUAAGGCAGAGACGAAAUCAGCAGCUCAAAUCGAUCGAAAAUGGAGGAAUUACGCGGAUCUGGAGCCAUUAUGCAGAGCUCUGAAACCAGGUGCGAAUUACUGCGAGAUUGAAGGAGACGUCAGAAUCGAUCCAAAUUCAUCGACGAUUUUCGUCGUCAAGCCGAUUUUGGAGACUAGCGCGGCUUCUAAUUGGAUAAUCGAGCCUUAUCCAAGAAGAGGAACCGGAUCCGUGAAGAAAUGGACGGUGAAAUUAGCGGCGGAAGACGCCGUCCCCAAAUGCGAUCAAUUUCAUUCUCUCCCCGCACUGCUCUUCUCAAUCGGCGGAUUCACCGGAAAUCACUUCCACGAUUUCGCCGAUCUGUUAGUUCCGCUCUUCACCACCUCAUUCCGUUUCAAAAGAGACGUGCAAUUUCUCGCCACCGACUACAAGCCGUGGUGGCCGGCGAAAUUCCGCCCCCUCAUCCGCCGCCUCAGCGGCGGAGAAAUCCUCGACAUCGACCGCGAAAAAACCACACACUGCUACAGUCGACUAAUCGCCGGUCUCAAAUUCCACAGCGAGCUAGUGGUGGAUUCCGAUUCCGAUUCCGAUUCCGAUUCCGCCUCCGGCGCAACCAUGCCUCAACUCCGGCGACUCCUCCGGCAAACAUACUCCCUCGCCAGAGAGAAAACGAUCGCCAAUCGCCGCCGCAGGCCUCGCCUGAUGCUCAUUUCAAGGAAAAAAACUCGAAUACUGACGAACGAGGAGCAGAUCUCGCGCGCGGCGAGGAAGCUAGGGUUCGAGGUGGUCUCCGGCGAGGGCGCGGCGGAGAAUCUGACGGAAUUCGCGCAGCUGGUGAAUUCCUGCGACGCGAUGGCGGGGGUGCACGGAGCGGGGCUGACGAACAUGGUGUUCCUGCCGGAGAAGGCGGUGGUGGUGCAGAUAGUGCCGCUGGGCGCCAUUGAUGCGUUAGCGAAGCUCGAUUUCGGGAAGCCGGCGGCGGGGAUGAGGCUGAGGUAUCUGGAUUAUAAGAUUGGGGUGACGGAGAGCUCGCUGAUUCGGCGAUAUCCGGGCGAUCAUGCGGUGAUUAGAGAUCCGAUGUCGAUACACCGGCAGGGAUGGGGAAAGCUGAGGGAGGUUUAUUUGGAUAAUCAGAACGUCACCAUUGAUGUACGGAGGUUUCGAGCUACUUUGGCUAAGGCGAUUAAGCUUUUGCGUCGUUGA